GCGGGGAAGAGGAAGGAGAGAGAGGAGGGGGACAGACCGACGGCAGCAGCCGCAGCACAGAAGAGGAUGAGACAAAACAUGAUCACGGAGUCAUUCACUUCAAAGUGGCAGAUGGAGUUCAAGAAGAAGUGGCUGCGGUUUGUGUACAGUCAGCGCCUGGCAUUCAACGUCUUCCGGAGCGAGCCAUGGUUGGACGUCGUCCGACACUUCAGGGACUUGCCGGGGCCAGUGAAGGUGUUGUGGCCUUCAGAGAAUGAGAUCGUGGACAUAGAGACCAUUGUCCACACGGCGGACGAUGUGGGAGCUGAUCUCGCGGAGGUCAGGGCUCCUUUUUAUGUCACGGGGGCCACCAUCAUGUCAUACGGAAGGAAGUCAUGCGAUGCUAGACCCAUUGUGAACUUCCUUGCCGGCGGGUCGCGUGGGGUGAUGCUCGUCCGGACGAUGAACAGGGAGGGUGAGCGGGAUCGGACGCCUGAUGUGUUGGCGCGCUGGAUCAAGGUGUUCGAUGACUUCUCCCCUAAGUGGGUGAACGCCAUCUGCACCGACUCCGCCUCGGCGUACGUCGCCGCGGCGAACAUGCUCCAGGGGCCCCAGCAGAGGCCGGAGCAUCGACGGAUCACGUGGCUCCCAUGCGCAGUGCAUGUCUGCAACAAGAUGUUGUCAGACAUUGGCUAUUCGGGCCCGUGGUCCAAGGACAUCAUCGUGAGGGGGAGAGCGGUGGUGCGCUUCAUUAAGGAGCACGGCGCCGCUCUCCAUAUCUUCCUGGGGGAAAGCACUCAGAUGGGCCUCAUCUAUCCUUGCGAGACACGUUUCGCAUCCGUGUUCGUGAUGGUGGAGCGUUUGCUGGCAGUGAGGUCAACUUUGGAGAGGACGGUGGAUGGCGAUACUUAGGGUAUGGUCCCUUGGGACCAUUCCGUUCAUCAGUUGGCUAGGUGGGUUAGGUGGCAGGUGCGACAUGG